AUGGGUAGUAAAAAAAAAUUGAAAGAUCAUCCUCCAAGUCCUACUUUCCCUGCUCCUUCCAAACGUAAGGUAUAUCUUCAUUCUCCUUCUAAGAGGGUUUCUAAAUGUCAUCGAUCUAUAGAGGAAGAGUCUAAUUCUGAUUUUGAACUUAACGAUGAGUUCAUUCAAUUAGCUAAAGUUGCCAAGGGGAAGGGAAAAUCCCUUAUUCUGAAUUUUCCUACAAAAGCUGGGUUAGAAGAGCCUUCUAAUGAUAUUGUUGUUGAGGUUAAAGGUAAACGUAAUCGUGAAUUUGGUUCUAAAUCUGUGGCCAAUGCUUCUGUGGAAAGUGAUCAAGUUGGUCCAUCAUUGUAUAAGGCUCAUGAGCAUGUAACUCAUAUUGAGUACGAGGAUUUAAAAAAAGAUGUGUCUCUUGUUCUUAGCCAUCAGCGGAUUAUUAUGUCUACUUUUGCUAAUUUGAACAAAAAGAUGGAUACUCUUAUUGGGUCUUCGUGUGCUGGUUUUAGCCAUCGUUCGAGCCAAAUAGAGGAUGUGCUUUGCUCCUCAGAAAAUGAUGAUGAUGUUGUUGGUGAUGGUGAAAAUGAGGAUGAUGAAGAAAUUGAUUACGAGGAAAAUGCUGAGCCUAGAGAUGAUGAUGUUGAUGAUAACGCCAAUGAUUGCUCUGGUGAUGAUGGUCCAAAUGCUGAUGAGGAUGGUGGGGGUCGAGAUGAUUGUGGACAGUCUGUGUUCGUAGUUGAAAGUUAAAAACUGAUGAUUGUUGUUGAUGGUGGUGCAAAGCUUAAUGAAGAUGUAUCAGAUGCAUCUACUGCACAAGAGUGCACAAAAUUGAUGAUAAAUUGGUUGUUGCUUCAAGAAUUCUUGUUGAUUUGAAAGAUGUUUGUUUUUGAGUUGUUUUCUUAUUGUUUUACUAUUUUUUUUACCCUACUUUGAAUUUUUUUAGUGGUUUGUUUUAUUUUAAUUUUAUUAAAAUCUUUUUUGUUUUAUUAAGCAGAAUUUAUUUUCUAAUGAUGAUGAUGAUUUUAUUGAUGUUGGUGCUUCUAUGGCUUGUGGUGUUCAAGUUGUUGAGAAGAUGAUAUUUUAUGGUCCAUUAUUAUUUUAAAUUU